AUGCUGGGCCCUGAGGGAGGUGAAGGCUUUGUGGUCAAGCUCCGCGGCCUGCCCUGGUCCUGCUCCAUCGAGGACGUGCAGAACUUUCUCUCCAACUGCACGAUUCACGAUGGGCCCGGGGGCAUCCACUUCAUCUACACGAGGGAGGGCCGGCAGAGUGGGGAAGCUUUCGUUGAACUUGGAUCAGAAGACGACGUAAAAAUGGCCCUGAAAAAGGAUAGGGAAAGCAUGGGGCACCGGUACAUCGAGGUGUUCAAGUCCCACAGAACCGAGAUGGACUGGGUGUUGAAGCACAGCGGUCCCAACAGCGCCGACAGCGCCAACGACGGCUUUGUGCGUCUUCGAGGACUCCCCUUUGGAUGCACAAAGGAAGAAAUCGUCCUGUUCUUCACGGGGCUGGAAAUCGUGCCUAACGGAAUCACGUUGCCUGUGGACCCUGAGGGCAAGAUUACCGGGGAAGCUUUUGUGCAGUUUGCCUCCCAGGAGUUAGCCGAGAAGGCCCUGGGGAAGCACAAGGAGAGGAUCGGGCACAGGUACAUCGAAGUGUUCAAGAGCAGUCAGGAGGAAGUUAGGUCCUACUCGGACCUCCCUCUGAAGUUCAUGUCCGUGCAGCGGCCGGGGCCCUACGACCGCCACGGCACGGCCAGGAGGUACAUGGGCAUCGUAAAGCAGGCCGGCCUGGAGAGGAUGCGGCCCGGCGCCUACAGCGCAGGCUACGGCGCCUACGAGGAGUACGGCGGCCUCAGCGACAGCGGCUACGGCUUCGCCACCGACGUGCUGGGGAGAGACCUCAGCUACUGUCUGUCGGGGAUGUACGACCACAGGUACGGGGACGGCGAGUUCGCGGUGCCCAGCACCACCGGGCACUGCGUGCACAUGAGGGGGCUGCCGUACAAAGCCACGGAGAACGACAUUUACAACUUCUUCUCGCCGCUCAACCCGGUGCGAGUGCACAUCGAGAUCGGGCCGGAUGGACGGGUGACCGGCGAGGCAGACGUGGAGUUUGCCACCCACGAGGAGGCGGUGGCCGCCAUGUCCAAAGACAGGGCCAACAUGCAGCACAGAUACAUCGAGCUCUUCUUGAAUUCGGCCACCGGGGCCAACAACGGGGCGUACGGCGGCCAGAUGGUGCAGGGGCUGGGGGUGUCGGCGGUGCAGGCAGCGUACGGCGGGCUGGAGAGCCAGGCGGUGAGCGGCUGCUACGUGGCGGGCUACAGCGGGCAGAGCAGCCUGGGCGGCUACGACUAG